CGAAUAUGACAAAUCUGCCAUAUUGAAAUCUGGUGAAGGGUUUGCAGACAACGAUGGUAAGCUGACAGAUUUUUACCAUUCAAUCCAUAUUUGAUUUCUUUAUUGAACAGCUCCAUUUAAAAUUUUUCUGAUCGAUUUUAUGUUGGGUUAUUUUAUCUUCACAGUCUGCCAUCUUCAACUUUCAAAGUUUGUUAACAGUGGUGCUUUUGUUAAUCUGUACAUGUGCUUACAUUCGAUCGAUUUACCCUGCUCUCUUGGACAAGAAUAAAACCGGGUAAGAAAACUCCUCUGCUUAUGGUAUUGACAUUUCUGAGUAUAAGAUUGCCCUGUUUCACCUCUGUGUUUGGCCUUUUAAUAGUGCACAAUACAGUUCACCACUACAUUAAAAGAUUGUUGUGUGAUGACGUGGAAAAACUACGAUCUACGCCUUUAGCCCCGGAAAUUAAUUGCCUCUUUAGUUCAAUCAAAGUAAGGUGUUUUUCAAAAACUGCAGAUAUAAACCACACGACACACGAUAUAAACCUCUGGUAUAAUUAAUUUUGAGUACCGGUUACACUCUGUAUUGGCCGGUAUGAGUAUGUUGCCUGUCUGGAGGGACUGGGCCCCCAUCACUCCAAAAUCAAGGAAAAGGCCAAAACACCUCAUCCUUGAUUUGGAUGGGCAAGGAGAUGGGAGAGGGGGUCAAAGUUUUCUAUCUAUUUUGUCCCAGAUUGCAAUCACGGACAGAAUAAACUGGAACAGCCAGCAAAUCCCCCUUCCCCCAGAGGAUGAAGCCCUCCAAAGGCCAAAAUGUGCCACUUUCCCAUCCUUGAUUUUGGUGGGUAGGGGGAUCUAUUAGAUUGUAGCCUGCAUGACAGGCAUUGCUAAGAGGAGGGGGAGAAGAGAAUUCAUGCAGGCAUGCUAACAUAAUGGGUGCGGAAGGGAGAAGAAGGCUUGCAAGAAAGCCAUUGUUUCUGUCAUUUCCCCAUCAUUAGAUCCACAAAUCUGAGUUAUCUUAAGAAAAGUUGGCAGGUAUAGAAAAUCAUGGUAUGUGAACCACAUCUCAUAUUAUCUUUUCUCUCUUCAGAGAAAUUAGUAAAACAAAACUGCAUUUCUGCCUUUAAUUGAUUUUUAACAGUUAUGGUGUUUUUAAAGAUCCCUUUUUCCUUAGGCAACCAGAUCUUUUAUUCAAUUAGCCAUUUGAGGUCACAUUUGUUUUGUUUUACUGUUGACCUUUGCCUCAGAUUAUUCCACUGCAUGAAUGUCAUUACUUUAGUAAUGGAGUGGAAAUUGACUUGCACUUAUUCUGUACAAAUUAAUAGUCUGAUACAUGUAUCUUGUUCUUCUCCAAGAAAGGCUCACCCAUCAAACUAAGAUGUUGAGCAAAUAUUCAAUAUCCAUUUUUACCAAAUUGCUUACAUAUUUUACAUCAGCCUAGAGUUGUUAGGAUCUCAUCAGGGUGCUAAUUGAGAACCAAUAUUCAAAUUAGCAUGGUUAUGAUUUCUACCACUCUGAUGGACACGUAAUUAACAAAUAGCAAUCUGCAUAUGCUACAAAUCUGAGUGUAAAAAACCGGGUCAAACAAUAUGUCCUUGCAGGCAUUCCUUUCCCUCUUCCCUCACAUACCCAUUGCAUCACCCUUUAUCUUCCCCUUUAAAUGCCUUACAUUCAGGCCGUCAGUUACUGUAAUCUCUGUAAUAAGCCCCUCCUUUAUUUUAAGCCCCCAUCUUUGUUAAGCCUGUUCCCAUUGAAGGGUAACCAUGGCUGAUUUUUCUUUGUUACACAGCCUGUUGGGAAUAUUCUGGAAGGCUGCAAGAAUAGGUGAGACUGGACUACUGUUAAUUUUUCUUCCUUUAGCCCACCUUAAUAUUUACCAGUUUGCAUCAUUAAUCAAAUGUGUGGUUAAAUGUGAGGUCUCAAUAUUUUUAAGAAAAGGAUUAAAAAAUAUUAUAUUGAUUUAUUGAGGUAACAUAAUCAUACCAAAGAUAGCCUUUGUAAUUAUCUAAUUGAAACAAGUACAGCCAUUCACAUNACUUAUUCUGUACAAAUUAAUAGUCUGAUACAUGUAUCUUGUUCUUCUCCAAGAAAGGCUCACCCAUCAAACUAAGAUGUUGAGCAAAUAUUCAAUAUCCAUUUUUACCAAAUUGCUUACAUAUUUUACAUCAGCCUAGAGUUGUUAGGAUCUCAUCAGGGUGCUAAUUGAGAACCAAUAUUCAAAUUAGCAUGGUUAUGAUUUCUACCACUCUGAUGGACACGUAAUUAACAAAUAGCAAUCUGCAUAUGCUACAAAUCUGAGUGUAAAAAACCGGGUCAAACAAUAUGUCCUUGCAGGCAUUCCUUUCCCUCUUCCCUCACAUACCCAUUGCAUCACCCUUUAUCUUCCCCUUUAAAUGCCUUACAUUCAGGCCGUCAGUUACUGUAAUCUCUGUAAUAAGCCCCUCCUUUAUUUUAAGCCCCCAUCUUUGUUAAGCCUGUUCCCAUUGAAGGGUAACCAUGGCUGAUUUUUCUUUGUUACACAGCCUGUUGGGAAUAUUCUGGAAGGCUGCAAGAAUAGGUGAGACUGGACUACUGUUAAUUUUUCUUCCUUUAGCCCACCUUAAUAUUUACCAGUUUGCAUCAUUAAUCAAAUGUGUGGUUAAAUGUGAGGUCUCAAUAUUUUUAAGAAAAGGAUUAAAAAAUAUUAUAUUGAUUUAUUGAGGUAACAUAAUCAUACCAAAGAUAGCCUUUGUAAUUAUCUAAUUGAAACAAGUACAGCCAUUCACAUGUUGAUUAUGUGUUAAUAAUUUUAUACUUUACAGCAGGGGCUCUCCUUGUUAAGCCCAAAAGGGUUUGUGGAGAGUUCCUACUCUACUCUUGCUAUCCUGUUGUGAAAAUGUACCUAUGUAACUGACACAAUUUGUAGCGUGAAGUAAAAGAUUGAUUGAUUGAGGAUGGAUGGAUGUUGGCUGAAAAUUUAGACAUAAUGCAAUUAUUCUUUAUCCUUCUUUAUAUUGUGUUAGAAAUCUUAGUAAAAGGUUACUUCAUUAAACUAUAUUUAAAAAUAAUUUUGAAAAUCAUGAAGAAUUCUGUUUAUGGUGGUUGAUUUAAAUUCAGACUAUUAAUUUGAUACUCUUUCCAUACUCUUUUCUGUAGGUGAAAGAAAAAGUCCUUACGUUGCUGUUUGCUGUAUAGCCAUGGCCGCAAGCAUUCUCUUUUGGCAGUGAAGCAGCAAUUUAUUACUUGCAUCUAUCAGUGGAAUCAAUGAAAAUGUCAGCAGGAGUAAGAAGAUAAUUACAUAAUAUACAGUAAACCAGGAAGGGAACAAGUGAGACAAAGUUUAAAUGAAAAUUAUGGAACAUGUAUAUGGACAGUAUUUUUUCAACAUGAAAUCUACAUUCUACAACUUUGUAAAAUAGUGGUAAACAGUAUUAUUUAUCAGUACAUUGUUUUUGUUUCAAAGAGUAGUGGAAUGAGUAUUUUCAAAUUCAUUCAUUAAACUUUUUUGCGGACUUGAUAUAUUAUAGGCCAAGCUGUUUUUUGAUUGCUCAAGCUUUAGUUUGGGUUGAAAUAUGAAAAAGAUUUUACAGAUGCUAUGAUCCGUCUAGACAAAUAACUGUUAUCCAUAAAAAUACUUCAGUUCAGUUUUCAAGACAAGCUAAGCUGAUAGUUUAUCCACUAGGAUGAUCGUCCUGUUUUCCAUUUUAAUACACACACAAAUACUAUUAAUGAUGAUGUCAAGUUCAGUAAAACAAGCAAGGUAUCCUGUCCCAACGUGGUCAACAUUUAGCUGACAUGACAGCUUAUUAUGGUUGAAGAUGUUAUAUUCUCGAACUCAUUAAUAAUUCAUAAAAGGAAAUUAAUGUUUAAUGAUUGUUUGAAAAUCAGAUGAAAAACUGUCAUUUUUGCAUCUUAAUUUCUCCUUCUAAAAUCAUUCAGCAUUAGACACAGUGUUUCAUCACCAGAUGAAACACCUCGAAGUUCAUCACUUCACUGCACGUCAUAUUUUUAACUCUCUUCUCGGUGUUUCAUCUGGGGAUGAAACACUGCAUUUCCAUUGGUGCACUUUGACUGGUCAAAAAUCGUCUGGCUUUUCCUCAACUUUCUUCAAAACAUAAAUAAAAUAAUAUUCCAUGAAACUGAAAUUCUUUGUACAUUAAAGUGGAGUUCUGAGACAAUGUUGCAUAUUGCUCCUUUUCUUUGCAUAUACUUGUUUGCUCAGCAAUGUGUACCCACCUAUGCAGGCAUUUUUAAGAUCCAAAGAUACAUUCCUCCCCUUACAUGACAAGCCAGGGGUUUCUGUGUACACUGUACACAGAUUGUACUGGCUGAGUCUAACUCUGGACUCUCCCUCUCUGUCACACACCUGCAGAGGGGUGAAGGGGCCAGAACAGGGCUAUUUGGAGGCUAAGUGUUGUGUUGUUUUAUGUUUGUUUGUUGCCAAUUUUCUCUCCUUCCUUUCAAAAAAUAACAGCGAGUUAAAGAUACCGUGACAGCCAUGAAAAUGUUGAAUUUGUGUUCUUUCAAACUCUAUCAUUAUUUUCCCAAUUCACUUACUUUUUCAAAUCCAGGCAAACUCCUCUGGAUUCGAAUUCCUGACAACCAUAUCAACAUUGAGAGAGAGAAAGAAAAUUUCAGUCACUUGUUUACGUCCUCCAUAAAACGUGAAAUGAGGCUUAUUCAUGAGUAGUCGUGCAGCAAUGGUAAAGAAAUGUACAAAAGAGCGUGAGCGUUGUUUUGUUAAUCUACACCUGUUGCUUUUUUGACAUUUCUCAUUGCUGUACCUGUCGUGGCAUCUUAAACUCCCUAAUAUCAAAACCAGAGGUGGAACUGAAUCACUUGGCAAGUUUUUAGUGUUUGAGUGUCCUAUGGAUGCCCGGUUUUCAGAGAAAAAAAUGUUCAUUUUGACAUGUUGGUUUAGAGUUGCUGGCUUAAGAGUUGAUGUGGAAGCAGCCUGUUCCAGGAGUUGAGGGAGAGAGGAUAGCAAAAAGAAGAAAAACAGAGGUGAUAAAAGAAAAGGGAACUGGGAAGGGAAAGUGAGAGUUUCCUUCUCUCUCCUUUUCCCACUUUUUAGCUGCCAUUUCCACUUUGAUCACUCCUCACAACCUAAAUGCUUGCUAAAACCCUCUCUGUCAGAAACUGAAAUCCGAUGAAAAUACUUUAAGAAUACACAAGCAUGGACUUCAGUAAAAUAAUUUUAAAGUUGCUGUCAGGGUUUGAAGGAGAUGUAAGAUUGUUAAUAUUUGCUGUAAAGUCUUGACUGAUUGAAAUUUAUCAUCAAGGCAAAACAACCAACACUGAAAUUGAAAAGAUUAGAACCUCUUGAUCACUUAAAUGUAAAUAAAAUACAUUUCCUUGAAAGUUACAAGCACUGAGAAAAUGUCUAGCGACACCUUUUUUCUUCAAAAACACUUGUUUUCUUUUAACAUACCUUCCAUAUUUUGUUAUUGUGUAGUAGCCAUGCGAUAGAGAGUACAGGAGUGGUUUUUGAUCUUUUUGAAUGACUGCUCCAUUGUGUCUCCAUGAGCAGUGGGACAUGAGAGAAUAUCUCUUGAACCACAUUCUUCACACAGUUUUACAGCCAAUUGACAACAAUUCUUUGUUACACAGCCUGUUGGGAAUAUUCUGGAAGGCUGCAAGAAUAGGUGAGACUGGACUACUGUUAAUUUUUCUUCCUUUAGCCCACCUUAAUAUUUACCAGUUUGCAUCAUUAAUCAAAUGUGUGGUCAAAUGUGACGUCUUAAUAUUUUUAAGAAAAGGAUUAAAAAAUAUUAUAUUGAUUUAUUGAGGUAAUAUAAUCAUACCAAAGAUAGCCUUUGUAAUUAUCUAAUUGAAACAAGUACAGCCAUUCACAUGUUGAUUAUGUGUUAAUCAUUUUAUACUUUACAGCAGGGGCUCUCCUUGUUAAGCCAAAAAGGGUUUGUGGAGAGUUCCUACUCUACUCUUCCUAUCCUGUUGUGAAAAUGUACCUAUGUAACUGACACAAUUUGUAUCCUCAAUCAAUCAAUCUUUUAUUUCACGCUGGAUGGAUUUUGGCUGAAAAUUUAGACAUCAUGCAAUUAUUCUUUAUCCUGCUUUAUAUUGUGUUAGAAAUCUUAGUAAAACUAUAUUUAAAAAUAAUUUUGAAAAUCAUGAAGAAUUCUGUUAAUGGAGGUUUAUUAAAAAUCUGACUACGUAUUUGAUACUCUUUCCCUUAACUCUUUUCUGUAGGUGAAAGAAAAAGUCCUUAUGUUGCUGUUUGCUGUAUAGCCAUGGCCGCAAGCAUUCUCUUUUGGCAGUGAAGCAGUGAUUUAUUACUUGUAUCUAUCAGUGGAAUCGAUGAAAACAUCAGCAGGAGUAAGAGGAUAAUUACAUAAUAUUAUACAGUAAACCAGGAAGGGAGCAAGAGAGACAAAGUUUAAAUGAAAAUUAUGGAACAUGUAUAUGGACAGUAUUUUUUCAACAUGAAAUCUGCAUUCUACAACUUUGUAAAAUACUGGUAAACAGUAUUAUUUAUCAGUACAUCGUUUUUGUUUCCAAUGGUAGUGGAAUGAGUAUUUUCAAAUUCAUUCAUUAAACUUUUUUGUGGACUUGAUAUAUUAUAGGUCAAGCUGUUUUUUGAUUGCUCAAGCUUUAGUUUGGGUUAAAAUAUGAAAAAGAUUAUACAGAUGCUAUCAGUGACUAGAGAAUAAUAAACAUGUUUUAAUAACAAACUUAUCAUCUUGACAAGCCAGGACAUGAAUGAUCCUUCUAGACAAAUAACUGUUAUCCAUAAAAAUAUUUCAGUUCAGUUUUCAAGACAAGCUAAGCAGAUAGUUUAUCCACUAGGAUGAUCGUCCUGUUUUCCAUUUUAAUACACACAGAAAUAAUAUUGAUGAUGAUGUCAAGUUCAGUAAAACAAGCAAGGUAUCCUGUCCCAACGUGGUCAACAUUUAGCUGACAUGACAGCUUAUUAUGGUUGAAGAUGUUAUAUUCUCUAACUCAUUAAUAAUUCAUAAAAAAGGAAAUUAAUGUUAAAUGAUUGUUUGAAAAUCAGAUGAAAAACUGUCAUUUUUGCAUCUUAAUUUCUCCUUCUAAAAUUAUUCAGCAUUAGACACAGUGUUUCAUCACCAGAUGAAACACCUCAAAGUUCAUCACUCUACUGCACGUCAUAUUUUUAACUCUCUUCUUGGUGUUUCAUCUGGGGAUAAAACACUGCAUCUCCUUUGGGGCAGGCUUUCCAUUGGUGAACUUUGACUGGUCAAAAAUCAUCUGGCUUUCUCUCAACUUUCUUCAAGACAUAAAUAAUAUUCCAUGAACUUGAAAUUCUUUGUACAUUAAAGUGGAGUUCUGAGACAAUGUUGUGUAUUGCUCCUUUUCUUUGCAUACACUUGUUUGCUCAGCAAUGUGUACCCACCUAUGCAGGCAUUUUUAAGGCCCAAACAUACAUUCC